GUGGUGCUGUGUUCACUCGGCAGCCGACAUCCUGGAUCGCUCUGAUUUCCUCGUCCCCCCGUUAUGCCGCUCCCCGUCCCGGUACCGGUGACCUUCGAGGACGUCGCCGUCUACCUGAGCCGUGCCGAGUGGGAGGCCAUCAGCGAGGAGCAGCAGGAGCUGUACCGCAGCGUCAUGCUGGAUGUCUGCGAGCUCUUGAGAUCCCUGGGCAUCCAGGCAGAGCCCCCGCUGGGAACUGAGCAUGAGAUGUUUGGAGGUCACCAUCCUGGCUCCCGGCAGGAGGAGGUGUCCCAGCAGCCCACUGACCGUGAGUGGGGCUGGGGUGGGACACAGCCAGGUGGACCAAACGCUUGGCAGGCUGUCGGCGCAGGAGGGCUGUGUGCUGGCUGCCCCUGUCCGUGGCUGCUUGUGCCCUGCCGGUGCCUGCUGUAGCACUGU